GUACGAAACUAAGGCUCUUGAGACACGCGUUAACUCCUCACUGAUUGUCGUUUACAAUGGCGGACAGUGCCAGCGAAUUGGAGAGCGAUACGAGCUCAAUAGAUGGGGGUCCCACGAUGAAACCCCCAUCGCCAGCCCAAUUAGAACAACUUCAGAAAAGAAUUGAAUCCUUGCAGCAGGAGAACAGGGUUUUAAAAAUGGAAUUGGAAACGUACAAAAUGAAAUGCAAGUCUUUACAAGAAGAGAACCGAGAGCUGAGGAAAGCUAGUGUCACAAUCCAAGCGAAAGCUGAACAAGAGGAAGAGUUUAUCAGUAACACAUUAUUGAAAAAAAUCCAAUCAUUGAAAAAAGAAAAAGAAACAUUGGCCAUGAACUAUGAACAGGAAGAAGAAUAUCUGACCAAUGAUCUUUCAAGAAAAUUGAUGCAGUUGCGACAAGAGAAAAUGGAGCUGGAACAGACACUAGAAAAAGAACAAGAAUACCAAAUAAAUAAACUGAUGAGAAAAAUUGAAAAAUUGGAAGCGGAUACACUUUCUAAACAACAAACAUUAGAACAGUUGAGAAGAGAAAAGGUAGAAUUGGAAAAUGCUCUAGAACAAGAACAAGAAAGUUUAGUGAACAGAUUAUGGAAAAGAAUGGAUAAAUUAGAAUCUGAAAAAAGAAUGUUACAAGAAAAAUUAGAGCAGCCGGUAUCAGCGCCACCUUCACCACGAGACAUGAACAAUGGUGACACAGCACAUAAUCUGAUGCAACAUAUUGGAAAUUUACGUGGAGAAGUUUCAAGGUUAAAAGGUCAACUACGAGCGGGUCAGCUUGAACAUGAAGAAAAGAUGGCCCAGUAUGCGCAAGAGGAGAGAAAUAUUCGCGAGGAAAAUCUCCGCCUUCAGAGACGACUUCAGUUAGAGAUGGAAAGGAGAGAAAAUUUAUGUCGUCAUUUAUCCGAGAGUGAAUCCAGUUUAGAAAUGGAUGAUGAAAGACAUUUUAAUGAAAUGACCAAACAGCAAGAUUUGAAUCACCCUGUCCGUCCACGUACUGUAUCAAGUCCGAUACCUUACGCUUCACCAAACACGUCACGCCCCUUAUCACCAGGAAUGUCGUCAAUGAUGGCCAAGAGUCCUCCCAGUCCAAUGAGGCGGAACAUACCGGCCCAGAUGUUUCACAUUCCAGGUCACGGUCAAUCGACCCCACUAAACCAAUGUCAUGGUCAAACUUCUCACAAUACCACUAUGGCGGGCCAUGGUCCAUCAAACUUUCUACCAGGGACUUCACCGCCUGUCUUUGCAAGUUCGGUUAACCCCAACAUCCAUAAACCAAGGGUUAGUCCUGAGAAAUUUGUGAAACCAAGUGGAUUCCCAAGUGACAAAACUGAGAAGACAUGACAGUUAUAAAUUGUGUUUUUAUUCAAUGGCAUUAAUGCGUGUGAUUCAGAAAUAUAUAUAUAAAUAUAUAUAUAAAAAUAUACUUUGAAACAAUACUUACACAAUGUUUAUUUGUGGUAACAUUGGCAUUUAGUCCUAAUGUGAUGUCUUAACAUUUCUGUGCUUUCUGUACCACUUGCUGAUUGGACAGUUCGUUAUCUAGGUAACCAUGGCUUUCAAGACAAACAUGGAAGCUGUAACUUUUGUUUAUUUUUUAUUUUUUUCUCGUGUUCGUCCAUUAGUGCAGACAGGGGAGGAUAACCUGUGUACGACAGAACUUUGUUAUGAAAGAGAAAAUUGGUUUUGUUUUUUGGAGUGAAGAAUGGUCAAGUUUGGAUUAAGAAAAACCCAAAUAUCUUUUGACGCCAACUUUUCUCUCGUGUUUCUUUUUUUCUUGUGUUCUAUGAUAAUUAAUAACUUCAUGUGCUAUUUAAGGCUUUUAAUAUUCUAUUCUAUUUAUAUAUUAACUGUUACCGAUUUAAUUCUGUAUCUACAGUUGUAGGGAAAAACAACAAGCAAGCCUGGAAAAAAACGAUUCAAAUUGUCUCAGACAAAAUGUCAGACACAAUUGUACCUGGCUGUCUUAAAUGGGUGCAUGGAUAGUAUUCAAAAUAACCAAAAAUAAGUCCCACGGAAGAUCUGUGCCUAAAGCAGUUGUUGUCAGUAUUAUCGAUUUAUUAACCCAUAACUGGUCAAAAUCAUUUUGACGUCAAAUGGUCAGGCUAAAUAAAGGCUAAGUUGAAAUAUUUUAUAUGCUUAUUUCAAACGUCUACUGCCGGAUAAUUAUAAGUGAUAGACUCUUGACACCAAUAAAAAAAGUUGACGGGAAUAAGUUGAUCUAUAAUUUGCACUAUUUUUUUCACCUCAUUUCAAAAUGCAAAUUCAGUUAAUUUGCAUAAUUAACGAAUUGUUUUGGUUUUUUUCCCGGUAUUUUACUUCAAAAGGUGUCGAAAACAUGAUUUUGAUCACAAAAAUUAUUGAAAGCGGCACCCUCACACGUUCUCUCAUUUCCUAAAUCAUUUUCAUCAGAAAUAUCGCCUUCAGAAUCGGUUUCACCGAUAUAAUCCGAGUCGGAAUCAUUCAUAAGAAUUUCAACCACUUUGCCAGUCUUUAACCUUUUUGACAUCGUUAAAAAAUUAUGUAUUUUGUCAAAAAAUGUUGAACAAAGACAUGUUUUUCUCAAUGUCAUUGAAAAGACAAGUUUCUGUCUGACACGCAUGCAUGGUAAUAUCAAUUAAAUACGAAACUAAAUGCUACUUAUAAAAAAGGUUCUUGCUGUGGUCAACUUUAGUCGACCAUGACCACUUAGCUGUAUAUGGUUGUGGUGAUUAUUGUCGACAAUGAACGGUUAAGGGUUAAAGGUUUGAUGCAUCAUUUUAAGCAAUAUUCUCAAUCUGAUUAAAACAAAGAUCCUUUUUUGUUUCGUUUUAUUUUAUAGUUCAAAAUUUCGUUUUACUUGUCUUUACUACACUAGGAUCUGGAAGAAUUGUUGUAUAACCCUUGUUCUUGGCGUGCGAUGCACACAAUUGUAGGUAUCCUACUAGAAACAUUAACGCUGGUUGAUUAAUCAGAUAUCUGACGUCAGUAAGGUCAAAAGCCGCUUGUAUGACCCUUGACACGACCUCCCACUACAACUGGUCAGAUCUUCAUGUAGUAGAUGUUAUUGAAAGUAAAACAAAACGAAACGAAAUAUAGAUCUGUAUUUUAAUCAGAUUGCAAUAUUGUAAAAGAUAAAUUUCUAAUAACAGUAUCAGGCCAAAAAUGGAUCAAUUCCGUUCGAUAUUUACAAAGUUGUGUUGAAUUGAAAUUUCAUCGAUCUAUUUUGUUUGCUACAUGUAUGUAAUAAAGUCCUCCACCAUUUUCUUUUUGGCGAACAGAAAUGAUAGGCCCUUUUUUUUUUUUUUAAACUGCGAUUGAAUUCAAGUCAUUAUCUAGCAUGAAUAUUUUGAUUAUUAUUCUUAAUUAAAUAUUAAAUAAUGAAUCUUAGUACAUAUUAGCAUGGAUUAAGCCGUGUCAAUUUUGAUAUUUUAGCUUCAAAUGUUCAACAAUCAGUCGAAUUACACAUUAGCCUGGAUUAAGCAGUAAGAAAUUUAAGCAUUGAGAAAUUUGAUAUUUUCGCAAAAGAUACAAAUGAUGCAUCAUGCUAAACAUAAUACAAUUACAAUAAUGUGUUUCGAUCAGUUAUCUUCCCUUUUCUCUGUGUUAGUCCCGAAAUGACCUAGUUUGUGUCAAGUGGAGGUUACCCACCCCCACCCUCUCUCUCUCUUCUCUAUGAUCCAAUCCAUUAAAUCAUCGCCCAUUGGGGUAAUUUAGAACUUGUCAGAAGUUGCAGCAGCUAUUUUGAUUGAUUUGCCACGAAACCUAGUCAGUCGGACGGGGCAAUAAUUUCAAUAAAUUAAAAUAUAUCACAAAAAAUAAACUUUAUUGACAGUAUUUUUUGGCCAUUUAAAAUUCCACAAUAUAUUAUUGUAUUUUAUUGAAAUACAAUGAUUUAAAGCUACAUGUUUACUAUCUAUUGGAGAGGUUUUCCAGACCUUUGUUUGACGUUCUAACUAAUGAUGUCAACUGGCAGACUAUCACAAUUGAAGUAACGACCACUCUCAAGAUUAGUCGCAUUAUUCUGUUACGUCUUUUUUGUAAAUCAUUUUUUUUUUUUUUUUUUCAUUUUGAGAAUAGCCAGUACCAUAACAUUCCCGGGACUGUACAGCGCAGUGGACGCUUAUGACUAGCCCCUGGAUCCAUUCACUUACUUUGAUAUGUAGUUUGUUUGUUAUUUCUACGUAUUGUGUCUUGUCCGUGGAUUUGUUUUGUGUAAUUGAGUGUGGUGCAGUCCCCCUGCACUUACUAUUUGAGUCUUUUUCGUGAAGUACUGUAUAUUGCAAGGAUGACAUACAUAUUGUGGAUUUUUAUAUCGUUAUCACAAUAAUGAAAUUUUCAAGUAUCGUCCAGCACUAGAACCUGGUAGACCAAUGAAAAUAAUCCUCUCAUAAUUUCUGUCAGAUGUGGCGAUGGUUAAAUUAAUCAAUUGAUAAUGCUCAAUACUGUUAAAUGACAGGCAUCGGAGCUUGGUGGCGGACGCAUGAUCUUUGGCUAGUAGGGGCCCUGAGUGGAUUCGGGUGGGCCCAGGGUUCUCCUCCACAGAAAUUUAGACAAAUCUUGAUCAGAUCCAGAUAUAAUAUAAUUCAAUUUCAAGCCCUGGAUCACCCCAAUCAACAAUUAAAACCUGAAAUUCAAACAGAAUCAUAGUGAAUUUAUUUUGCCGAUAUCCCCUACAGCCAGGGCUGUAUAAAUUGCGCCUGGCUUUGUCCGUGACAGGUCGUUUUUUUCCAAGCUUGUUUAAAAGUUAUAUAUACAAGUCUGAAGAGCUCUCUUCUAACAUAAUGAUGUACCAUGUAUUACAGUUAUUGAGAAUAAAAUAGAAGAAUUCUUCAAAACACCAAAGAAAAAAUGUUUUUUAAACACUCUUU